ACCCCAUCUUGCCAAGGUUGUGGAAAGUAAAAAUUGGCAGUAUUGGCUGCUGCAGCUUCUCAGGGGACGGGACCAUGUGAAAAGGUGGGGAUCGCGCGAGCGCAGGAAUGAGGGAAAAGCGAAGAAAGCCUAUGCCGUCAGCGACCGGCAGGGGGUGCGUCGGCCACGCUCGUCACCGCUUCCUGGGCACGUGACCACCGCCCCGCCUGUCCUUUAGGGCCUGUCGCUUCCGGCGGCGGCGGUUGCCAUGGGGACGGAGCUUGGGUGGUAACCAGAACUAGGGAGCUGGUGGAGAAGGUGGCUGCCGCUGGAAAGACGCCUGGGAGGUGGCUGAGGGGUCCAGGCGGUGGGACGACUCCGGCCUUUUGAAGACCGGGGUGGGUGCUCUCUAGGAAACUCUACAGAGAAGAAUGUCAGACGCAGAAGAAGCUCCCGGAGAAGCAACAGGAGAAAAUGGAGAAACAGAAAUGAAAGAAGAGGAGGAACCUAAUCCAAAUUAUAAAGAAGUAGAAAAUCUACAACAGGAAUCAAAAGAUGACACAUUAGCAUGGAGAGAGUCUCAGGAGGAGGAGAGGAAAAUGGGUGAGGAGGAAGGGGAGGAGGAGAAGGAGGAGCAGGAGGAGAAGGAGGAGGAGAAGGAGGAGGAGGGGAAGGAGGACAAAAAGAUUGUCAUGGAAGAAACUGAGGAAGUGGCUGGAGAAGCCCAGGAGAAGGAGGCUUCAGGAAUACAGGAAGAAACCACAGUGGAGCCCCAAGAAGUCACAGAGUCCGUGAUCCGUUUGGAGACACAGAUUACCGAUUCCCAGUCAAUCACAUCAGGAAUUUUCCCAAAAACCCAAAGAGGUAGCAAGUCAAAGCCUUCCUUACAAUUGGAGGAUGCAGAAACAGAUGAGCUUUUAAGAGGCCUAAGCACACAACUUGAAUUUCUUGAUUUGGGUCAAAUCAGUCCUGAGGAACAACAGAUGAGUUCCCCUGAAAGGCAGCCCUCAGGAGAGCUUGAGGAGAAAACCGACUGGACGCUCCAAGAUGAACUGGGACGAGAAAGAAGGGAUUUGGAGCCAGAAAACAGAGAGGAGGGACAAGAAAGUAGAGUAUCCGACAUCCAGUCUGAAGUAGGGAUCUCCAGGGAGUCACUGGUGUCCAGCACCACAGAGGACAUUCUGUUCGAAAGGGAUGAAAGUGCCCCGGUGUAUCCCUUGACCAUGACCUGGUCGUUUGGAUGGAACAGUUCUCUUCCUGUUUACUAUAUUCGAGAGGAAAAGCAGAGAGUUCUUCUGUAUGUUUGCGCUCACACUGCGAUCAUCUACAACGUGUUGAGGAAUAAUCAACACCACCUUCAGGGCCAUGCCAAUAUUAUCUCCUGCCUCUGUGUCAGUGAAGACAGGCGGUGGAUCGCCACAGCAGACAAAGGGCCGGACUGCCUGGUGAUUAUAUGGGACUCCUUCACAGGUAUUCCUGUGCACACAAUAUUUGACAGCUGCCCCGAAGGGAACGGCAUCAGGGCCAUGGCCAUGACCCAUGACGCCAAGUAUCUGGCAACCAUCUCAGAUGCUGAAGUCCAGAAGGUGUGCAUCUGGAAGUGGACUUUGGCAGUGGAAACACCAGCAUGCACUUUCGAACUCCCCAAAGAGUACGGUGUUCAGAACUACCUUACUUUUAACCCAACAAAUAAUAAAGAAUUGGUGAGCAAUAGUAAAACACAGGCAAUAUAUUAUGCAUGGUAUGAAGAGAGGGAUACACUGGCUCACAGCGCCCCACUUUUAACAGAAAAAACCUUCAACAAGCUUGUGGGAAAGUUUAGCCAGUCCAUCUUUCACUUGAAUUUAACACAAAUACUCUCAGCAACAAUGGAAGGGAAGCUGGUUGUCUGGGACAUACAUCGCCCACCCUCAUCUGCCUCCACCUUUUUGGGCUUUCCCUAUAUCAAGCCUUGUAAAUUGGUUCAUUUGCAGAAAGAGGGCAUCACUGUGCUUACUACAAUUGAUAGCUACAUUGUCACAGGUGACAUUAAGGGUAACAUUAAGUUCUAUGAUCACACCCUGUCUAUUGUUAACUGGUACAGUCACUUGAAACUGGGCGCCAUAAGAACUCUGUCCUUUUCAAAGACCCCAGCAACCCCUCCUACCGAAAAAUCAAACUAUCCUCCUGACUGCACUUUAAAAGGUGACCUCUUUGUCGUAAGGAAUUUUAUCAUUGGAACAUCUGAUGCCGCGGUGUACCACUUAACAACAGAUGGGACCAAACUUGAGCAGUUAUUUGUAGAGCCCAAGGAUGCCAUUUGUGCCAUCUCCUGCCACCCCUAUCAACCCCUCAUUGCCAUCGGGAGCAUCUGUGGGAUGAUCAAAGUGUGGAAUUAUGAAAACAAACAAUAUCUUUUCAGCAGGGUUUUUGAGAAGGGGCUUGGAGUCCAGAGUCUGACCUACAACCCGGAAGGAGCCCUUCUUGGAGCUGGUUUUACAGAGGGGACAGUUUACAUUCUUGAUGCAAUGUCUUUAGAAAAUGAAAGCCCAGAGCCUUUCAAAUAUUCCAGAACCAGUGUGACUCAUAUAAGCUUUUCCCAUGACUCCCAGUAUAUGGCAACUGCUGAUAGAAGUUUUACUGUGGCUGUUUACAUGCUGGUGGUCAGAAACGGACAGAGGGUCUGGGAGUACUUAGCAAGACUUCGUUCUCAUCGCAAAAGCAUUCGAAGUCUCCUGUUUGGGGUUUACCUGGACAGCAAUGAGCCUAGACUGCUGAGCCUUGGGACAGACAGGCUCUUGAUAGAGUAUGAUCUUCUCAGGAGCUACAAAGACUGCCUGGAAGUCCUGGACAUUCACCACACAGACCAGGGCUGCUAUCCCACCUGCAUGGUCUGGUACCCACCACUCACCAGGGAACUCUUCCUGCUUAUUUGCAACAGUGGCUACAAAGUGAAGCUUUUUAAUUCUACCACCAAAAUGUGCAGAAAGACGCUUAUGGGGCCAGCUUAUGGUUCCCCUAUUGAGCAAACACAAGUCCUCCCAGUGAGAAGCAUGGCAGAGCUACAGAAACGCUACUUGGUGUUUAUUAACAGAGACAAGGUUGGACUUCAGAUCUUACCAGUUGACGGCAAUCCACAUAAGACAUCUGCUAUUGUUUGUCACCCAAACGGGGUGGCUGGCAUGGCCAUUUCCUAUGAUGGCCGCUACGCCUUCACCGCAGGAGGGCAUGAUCGCUCUGUGGUGCAGUGGAAAAUCACCUUAAGGGCAUUUGCUUAUGAGCUCAGGAUCUUCCCUAACAAAGAGGGGACAAGCACCCACACUGUCCCCUCAUCUACCCAAAUUCAGCGUGCUGCCACAGGGCAGAGUCAACCACGUGGCAGCCGGUUCCUGUUCCUGACCACUUCUCCAAGCUGCUGCGCUGCCUGUGGCUCGCCUGGGCCUCUGUCCUGGCAUUGUGACGUUGAGGAGCAAAAACAGCUCAGAGGCACCUUCCUUCCUCACAGAACAAACCUGAUUCCUGGCUGCCAGCACAGUGUACCCCCUGCCAUCUGCCAAGUGCACAUCUUUCUUUUUAUGGCGGAUAUUGAAGCUUCUACUCUUAACCUGAAUAUGAGCAAAAAUAGCCAGUUAAAUCUGCUUUGGAACCACGGUGUUUGAGAUUGCACUUGCAGCUCUGACUUCCACCCCGCCUUCACCUGAGAGAGCAGGUCAUGGGAACUUGGGGAUUUAGGAGCUGGAGGUGAACUCUCCCAUUGAAAAGGGAUCAUGGCCUCAGAAUGGCUGCCUGGUUCCUUGCUCCCUGGCUUGUUGCCUGGAACCAUGGGGACAAGGCACACCUUGUGGGGACAAGCAGAACCUUCCUUUCUAUUUGUUGUUGUUGAGACAGGAUCUGACUCGGUCACUCGGGCUGUAGUACAGAGGAGUGAUCGUGGCUCACUGCAGCCUCGAACUCCUGGGCUCAAACGAUUCUCCUGCCUCCGCCUCCUGAGUAGCUGGGACCACAGGCACAUGCCACUGUGCCUGGCUAACUUUUAAAAAAUUAUUUUUUUGUUGAUAGAGAGUCUCACCAAGCCUAGGCUGGUCUUGAACUCAUGGGCUCAAGCCUUGGCCACCCAAAGUGUUGGGAUUACAGAUGCGAGCCACUGCACCCGGCUAGAACAUUCUAAAAUGUUUGUUUUCUUCUCAGUCGUCUUGGGAUCUGGAAUGGUAGAAAUUUAAGAAAAAGAAAAAAAGGUCUCUGCUUUCCAAUAGCUUUCGCCUGGCCAGAGUCCAGGCUUCUGAGAAUUUCAAUUUAAUCUGUGGUGGGGACAAAGGAUUAUUAUAAACUAAUUAGCACUU